AUGAAAGGUGUUGGACUUCGAUUAGAAAUCAGGGAAGGAGCCGCUUCAACGUCGGAUCGCCUUUUACUACUAUUCGAUUCACAAACACGUGAUCAGCUGGAGCAUAAACAACCGAGGCAUGGCUACACAACUACCUCUUCAACACCGGCAUUUUACAUUCGGUUACGGGGUUAUUUGAUGGGAAGGGAAGGAGCCGCUUCAACGUCGGAUCGCCUUCUGCUACUAUUCGAUUCACAAACACGUGAUCAACUGGAGCAUAAACAACCGAGGCAUGGCUACACAACUACCUCUUCAACACCGGCAUUUUACAUUCGGUUACGGGGUUAUUUGAUGGGAAGCAGCGGUCUGGAAAUCGUUUACACGCAAUUUUAUCGCUGGGCCACCGCCCUCUGCCCAGGUGCUGGAGAAUACCAUUGUGAUAAUGCUCGAUGUAUUAAGUCAACACUACGAUGUGAUGGCGUGAAUCAUUGUGGAGAUGGCAGUGAUGAGCAAUGUCAACGGCCAAUAUCUGAUUUUAAACAACCCAGUGAUGCCGAUGUUUCUGGUCUCAUCGCGCUUGUGAUUGGUAUCUGCGGAUUGAUUUUGCUCAUCAUCUCUACAACAGCAGUUAUGGGUCGCUUCUAUCGUCGAAGAGUAGCGUCACAGUUUAGUCGAACUGAUUUGUCAGGAGUUGUUCCUUAUCCCAACGAAGCUGCCGUGCCCACUAUGCAAACUGUGGGUGAACGACGUUUUUACGUUGUUCCUGAGAGCCAAAUUUCCGUAAUUGAGGCUCCACCCUCCUAUGAUGAUGCUCUUAAGCAUCCAGCGGUUCCUACAUCACGUGCACCAUCUUAUAUGAAUCGAGGCUACGUAAGCAGCACUACUUCUGAG